UUGUACCACGAAAACGCAACUUAAACAAAGUGGAAUAACAAAUUCAUCUAAAGUGUGUGAAAACAGUGCAAAAUCAGUGCAAAAUUGAAAACUUAAUUUAAAUAAUAAUUUAUGAAAAAAUCUGGAACAUUUUAUAAAGACACUUGAUCAUAGAGUGCAUCAUUUAUAGUGUGUGUGUGUGUGCCUGUGUGUUACGAAAACUGAUGAACAUGAUCAUGGAAAAUAACCAUCACUUAAGCCACCAGCAACAGCAAGGCACAACGCCUUUGCCGUCACCACAACGAGCCGACUUGUGUGUCUCUACGACGCCACCAAAUGAGUCCUUAAGUCCACUUUCAAGUCACAACAGCAGUAACAAUGAGAUACAAGUUUCUCCCACUGGCGCAACAACAAAUCUGAGCAAUGGAAAGACAACUUUGAAACGUUCAUUCGAUGUCGCUUUUCUAAUGAUGCCCGACGAGCGCUUCAAGCAGAAGCAAAACGAAAAGCAUGCACGACUUUCGGAAUAUACUGAACGCCUACAAUAUCCGACAGAUUUAUCGCCACGUACCACACAGCAUUCGCCACCACAGAAUCCACAGCCACAGCCACAGCAUACACAGCAGUCACAAAUCAAUCCGUUGGAAACGGUUUUCAAUAUGCAAGAAGCUCGUCGCUAUCCACAAAUCACCAUACGCUCACCACGCGUCUAUGAUGACCCUACCUUGGUCAUACCUGUUGGUAGCGAAUCGCCCGAGUGUGUGCCUUUGAAGAGCGCCUUUACCAAAGUCUGCUCAAUGCGCCUAGAGUCACCAGUUCAGCCGGCACCCCCGCUAAGUCCGGAUCAAUUGAGCUGCUCAUCGAUAAGUCCACCCAUACCCACGACGCCUCCACGCACAAAUAGUGGCGGCAAUGGCAGUCUCUCGAAUGGCAGCGGCAGUGGCAAUACGACGCCAUGCCUCAAUCCGAAUAUUAUCUAUCAAAAUUUUCGACCAGAGUAUCAGUUCAAUGGCACAUUUCAGUCUGUCAAUCACAUACAGAUGCUGCAGGCACAGCGUCUCAAGCAGCAAUUGCUUUACCGUAGCCCCCUAAAUCCCACUGCAGCCGCAGCACUUGCCGCCAGUAAUCCUUCCGGCCCACACACAACAAAUGGCAAUCCCAAUCCAGAAUUUCUUCACGGCUACCCAGCGUUUCCCUUUCCCAACGCGGCUGCACAUCCAUUCGCUGCUGUAGGACCACCGGAGAUGCCACGCAUCGCACAGAGUCCCGCGGCGGCCGCCAUACUCACAACGCUAAUACCACCCACAUUGGCUUCGACGUUUUCCUUGACGGCGCAAAAUGUUUGCGCCAAAUGUAACAUAAGCUUUCGCAUGACGAGCGAUCUCGUCUAUCACAUGCGUUCCCAUCAUAAAAGUGAAGUUGCCUGCGAUCCCAAUCGGCGUAAGCGUGAGGAAAAGUUGCGUUGUCCCGUUUGCCAGGAGACAUUCCGCGAACGUCAUCACCUUACCCGUCAUAUGACCGCACACCAAGACAAGGAGAGUGACCAGGUGACACCAAAUGGUGCUGCGUUAGGCGAAGGCACCGAAAGGCUCAACAAUUUAGCCGGCAGCGGGAAUGGACGCCAUCAAGCGUCGCGUAUCCCAAGUAUGAACAAAUGAUCGAAGCAUUUUUUCGGAUAUUUUUAAUUUUGUUAAACGUCUACACAUUCUUUAUUUUUGGUCGGCUAUUCUGGCCCAUUUGUGAUAUUAAUUUAAUGCACGAUUAAACAUAUUUGAAGUCAUUUAGCUUUGUAGCGCAAUUUGAAACUUGUAAAAUAUAUAGAAAGGAAUCCUAGGUUUAAGUAAUUAUAAAAGUGUAUACCUAGUCAUACAUAAUGUUGAAAUAUUUGAAAUUAAAUCACUGUAAAAAUAUUAUAUUCGAACAUACAUACCUAGUUAUAUAG